AUGUCUAAUGCCGGGCAACGAAACACAACCCAAGAGAGCCAAAACAACUCAUUAACACUUGAGGGAGAGUGGGUACAGGAGGCAGCCGAAGGUGGACAGUUAGGCUGCGAGUCCGGCCUGGACCGGGUCUCUGAUAUACCUGGAGGACUUAGUCCCGGACAGGUGGAGAAUGUUGGGCCUGAAAGAUACCCGGAAGAAGCAGGUGGCAGGGGAGAGCAUGCCGAGUCUGAGGAAAAGUCGGAGGAGGAGGAGGAGGAGGAGGAGGAAGAGGAGGAGGAACGCCCUACAGUAGAUCCAGAUAUAGUGGUGAAUACGCGACAUUUCCCAGUCCCUAACUUCCGUAUUAUGUUUAUGGAGCUAGUCCACGCCAUUGUGAAUCGUGUGUAUAGCAAAAACCACAUGCUGAGUAGGGUCCCCGAUGCCAUGGAAACAUCUGACACCUCUUCGUCUGACCACUCAAGUGAGGACCAAGUACCACCCGGGCCCAUCCUAUCAACUGUGAGGGCCUCGGACUAUGAGAGCCGGGGAUCAGGCAUGACCCGGAGCCUGCGGGAGGUUAUCUCCACAUUUCCAGAGUUUGAGGAGCCUGAAGAUUUCGAGGAAGCAGAAGAUUGUCACCUGUAUGAGCCAGUAGUUAGGGCAGCCCAGGAACCCACAGAACAAGGCACAGGAGAGGUGGCAGCAGAAGCUACAGCAGAACCACCAAAGCAAGUCAUAAAGCAGAUCGUGGCCUCAGAAGCUAAGUGCCUGGUGAACUAUGUGGAAGCCGAAGGUCUGGAGGGUUAUUGUAACUGA